AUGAAAUCGCCUCAAUUUGAUGGUACACCACCUUGGAAUGUCUACCGACGUCAGUUUGAAGCAGCCGCGAAUGCAAAUGGUUGGUCAUCGACCGAAAAGGCAACUGCACUCACUUUGGCCCUACGAGGAGAUGGUGCAGCUAUUCUUCAAAGAAUAUCACCCGAAGAGCAAGAGGUCUAUGAACAACUAUUAGGACAUUUGGAGAUGCGAUAUGGCCAAUCACAUUUAGAACACGUCUACCAUACUCAACUCAAGAAUCGGUUCCAGAAGUCAGGCAAGUCUUUGCAGGAGUUCGAAGCGGAUAUUGCGCGAUGGAUGGCAAAAAAAGAUAUUCCAGAGGACGAAGAAGAACAGAACGGUCAAGCAAUGAGAGCUAGAAAUCUUGAAGAGGAUGUUUUUGAUAGAGAGCGUUGUAGGCGGGAAGACGGCAGGAGAAUUGGAGCCUUAGCCACGUCCAUCCGGGAAAUAUUCUAUGAGGAUCUAGCAACACGGCACUUACGUCACUUGGGGUCAACGCCGAUAGGUGACUUUUACCUCUGUUAUAUUAAAAAACGGUAA